AUGCUUCGAAUCAAGCAAAACUCUGCUCUUUCUACACAACAGCCAGAACAACAAUUCGUGCCAUUGAAACAAGUAAAUGUCGAAGCCUACAUUAGAGCGUUUGCUGCCGAUGUUACUAUCAAACAAGUUUUUCGUAACAAUGAAACGAAACCAAUCGAAGCAGUGUAUUGUUUUCCGAUAGAAGAACAAGCAGCAAUCUAUUCAUUUGUGGCUCGAAUUGAUGAUCGAGAAAUUGUUGCACAAUUGAAAGAAAAAAAAGAAGCACAACGAGAAUACAGUGAUGCUCUUCAACAAGGUCAUGGUGCAUAUUUACUCGAACAAGAUGAAAAAUCUCAAGAUAAUUUUAUAAUCAAUGUUGGUGCACUACCAGCCGGUAAAGAAUGUCAUAUCUCUAUAUCGUAUGUCACCGAAUUGGAUCUUAUUCAAAAUGGAAGCCGAAUUCGAUUUGUUGUUCCAACAACUAUCGCACCUCGCUACAAUCCAAACAAAGGUGGUGUUAGUUCACCGGCUGGUACCACAUCUAAAUAUGUUCAAACAGCUCCAUAUACAAUUGAAUUUCGUUGUCGAGUGGAGAAAGCCAACGUUUCUCGAGUUAGUUCAACAUCUCAUCCUAUUCAAGUUGAAUUCGCUCAAGAGAAUGUCUAUGUGAUCGAAUUUGCCCAACAAAACACACAUCUAGAUCGAGAUAUCUUACUAGAUAUUGAAUUAGUUAGCAAUCAUUCGAAUACUAUUGUUGUAGUGGAACAAGGUGCUGUUAUGGCUUCAUUUACACCAACUAAAGAAGAUUGUCAACGUACAAUGAAUAAUGUAGAGACGACAAAUGAAUUUAUUUUUAUUAUCGAUUGCAGUGGAUCGAUGAGAGAUGAGAACAAAAUUGGAUUGGCACGUCAAGCCAUGUUACUCUUUCUCAAGAGCCUUCCAGUUAAUUGUCAUUUUAAUAUCAUUCGAUUUGGAUCAACUCAUCAGGCAUUAUUCCACGAGAUUACCGCUAUUUACAAUGAACAAAAUGCUCAAAAAGCUGAACAACUCACCAAGAACAUGCAGGCAGAUUUAGGUGGUACUGAAUUGUUAAAACCACUUCAAUGGGUAGAACAGCAUCCUCCAGGACAAGGUCGCGCACGACAAAUAUUUCUGUUGACUGAUGGAGAAAUUUCAAAUGUGAACGAAGUACUUGAUCUGUGUCGUUCAAUGGCUACUUCGACACGGAUCUUUUCAUUUGGUUUGGGUCAUUCACCAAGUCGUUCACUAGUCAAAGGUCUUGCCCGAACAACAAAUGGACGUUUUGUUUUUAUUCCACCUAACAGCAGUGUUGACGUUCAUGUUGGUGAACAAUUACAAAAAGCUCUACAGUCUUGUAUAACCAAUAUACAAGUGAAAUGGAAUCUUGGUACUAAUGUUAUGAGUGCACCAACAAAAAUGCCACCAGUCUAUGCUAAUGAUCGUCUGAUUGCUUAUGCACUUGCCAAUGAUCCAAUGCUUGUCUUCGAUCACAAUUCGAGUGUCGAAUUAUGUAACGAUAAAAGUCGAUUAGGUGAAGCAAAAAUUGAUCGCAUACCAAAUAUGAGCAUGAAUGGAACUAUUGCUCGACUCGCUGCCAAAGCACUUAUUCUUGAAUUGCAACAUUCGAAGCUACCAUCCUCGAUCACGAAGAAUAAUAUAGGUUCACUACAACAUCGAUUCCAAGAAGAUCGUCCAUCGCCAACACCAGUAACGACAACCGAUGAGAAAGAAGUGACAAAGAAAUCUAUUAUUGAACUUUCACUCAAGUAUCAGAUUUUGAGUCCACAUACUGCUUUUAUUGGUAUUGAAAAACGAGUGAAUGGCAGCAAUGCCGAUAUGAUCUUACGUGAAGUACCAAUUCAAAUAUCGGCCGAUGAUCAACACUUACAGGCACCUCAUCCGGUGCGAUCCUCUGUAAGCAGGAUGCCAUCUAGUUCGAUGUCAUUCCAUACAAUGUCGGUGAGAAAAAAGGUAGAAUCUAUGUCGACUCGUUCGCUUCAGAAAGAUAAGAUGGUAUGUUCCGUUGAUGCAUCAAUCCCUUUAGUAAAUUUAAUUGAAGAAUGUGCUUAUGAAACAAGUGAAUGUCUUGAUCUUAAUCUAGACUAUAGCAAAUCAUCGUCGAGCUCUGGCAGCAGUAUUCGUCCUAGCAUUACUUCAAGCCUACUAGACUCCUUUGAUGUAGAAAAAGAUGAAACCUGGCCUACAGGCGAUCAAAAUAUUGUUCGCUACUUGAUCAACAAACAAAAAUUUGAUGGUUUAUGGGAUUUAGAUGCGAAAGAUAUAGAACAAUUGACUGGAAAACCAUUGACAAACUUUCCACAAUCCUAUAAUAAACAAAUUCUCAUUUCGGCUAUUGUUAUUGUCGCACUUGAAACGCGUUUCGUCACAAUGUCGACAAUGUGGUAUGGUGUAGUACAAAAAGCUCGCAAACGUCUUCUCGAUUUACUCGGUCAAGACGCUAAACAACUUGAAUCAUUACUGGAGAACAUCCGUCAACAAUUUUAA